GCUUUAGCAUAGGUCAGUCCAACGAAGGCGUCUCCCGGCUCAAGAUGAAGUUCCUCUCCCUGCUCGCCGUUUUCCUGAUCCUCGGCUGCUCGUCCUUCUCCCAGGGAGCCGCUGUGGCCAAGCCCACUGGCCAACCCGGCUGCCUGACGGCGGAGGAAGUGGAGGUGAUCUACUAUCCCCACUUCUACCUGAAGAGCUCCUACUGGAUCUGCUCCACCCAGGGUGUUGCCGCCACCCUGGCCCAGUGUCCGGUGGCCACUGCCUAUCUGGACUCCGCCAAGGCCUGUGUGGCCUGGCCUCUCUGGAGCUGGUCACCCACUGUCCAGCCACCCAGCCAACCCGAAAUCGCUGCCUGAAUUGGGAUAUGGAAUAUUUGAAAUCGUUACUGAAUGAAUAAAAUAUUGCACUACAUUUUA